CGCGUGCAGAGGUGGGUUUGGUUGAGGGAGUUUGUUUGUGUGCGAGGCAGUCGGGGCCCGCGGAGGGGGGCAGUCGGAGCCAUCCGUCCCAGAAGGAGCUACUAACUUGGAGAAAGCUGUCCUCUUGUUCCAAGCCAAAAACCCUUGUGCUCACAAGGUCUGGUUAGUGAUUGGUAGGUUUUUGCAUCGGCUGGGGCACAGGCUGCUCUUGGAAUCCAGGCCAUGACCAGCAGAGGAGCUGCGAGGCCAAAUGGUCAGUCACAGGCCAGCAAGAUUUGUCAGUUCAAGCUAGUACUACUGGGUGAAUCAGCAGUAGGAAAAUCCAGCCUGGUGCUGCGUUUUGUCAAGGGACAAUUCCACGAAUACCAGGAGAGCACCAUUGGCGCGGCUUUCCUCACACAGUCUGUCUGUCUAGAUGACACAACAGUAAAGUUUGAAAUCUGGGAUACAGCUGGUCAGGAAAGAUAUCACAGUUUGGCCCCUAUGUAUUAUCGAGGAGCUCAAGCUGCCAUUGUGGUUUAUGACAUAACCAACCAGGAAACGUUUGCACGAGCAAAAACAUGGGUGAAAGAACUUCAGCGGCAAGCUAGCCCAAACAUUGUUAUAGCCUUAGCAGGAAAUAAGGCUGAUCUUGCCAACAAACGCAUGGUAGAAUAUGAAGAGGCCCAGGCUUAUGCAGAUGACAACAGUCUAUUGUUUAUGGAGACAUCAGCUAAGACAGCGAUGAAUGUUAAUGACCUCUUCCUGGCAAUAGCUAAGAAGCUGCCAAAGAGUGAGCCCCAGAGCACAGGCGGUGCCAUGGGUCGGAAUCGAGGUGUGGACCUCCAUGAGCAGUCCCAGCAGAACAAGAGCCAGUGUUGUAGCAACUAAGCAGUGGCAUUAAAGCAGCCAGCGAGAGAUAAGAUAUAACCUCCAUUCCCACCCCACUCCACCACACCUCACCUCCAAUAACAGCAUCGGCGCACUUGGAAGCCGCCCCCUUCCUUCCUUCUCCUGAGAGUUCCGUUUAACUGCACUUCUAAUGCUUCAGAAACCACCACCAGGCGUCUGUUACCACCACCACCCCAAGGAAAAGUGGAGAUAGACCAACCGGGGACUUAACUUCCAAAAACAAACUCUUCUUCACUUUGUAUUAUAGGUGCAAAUAGCUACCUACUUACUGGGAUUCCCCUGUUCUGUUUUCUCCCAGAUAAUAUUCCUUUCCUUCAUUGCCUCUCCCAACAGUCUGUCUUCACUCUGAUAAAAUCUGUGUUCUUGGUCCUGUAACAUUCACCUUCUCUUCACCUCCACCUCUGUUUUGUUCAGUGGGGGAGGAUCAGAAGUGACGGGGAACUUAAUUCUUGUAGAUUUAUUUUUAAGAGUAAGGUUAAUGAUUUUUUUUUCCAAAAAAUGCAGAAUUUUUGUGAGGUCCUCAGAGUUUUUUUUUAAUCAUUUGUUUCUAGUGUUCAGAAAAGCUGCAGUGUCCUUCAUUAUCUUUUUCCAGGGCAGUCUUUUGUGGUUGGGUUGGGAAAGGUAAACGAUAUCUGAACUUCCGCUGAUGUCUUCCUUGCUGUGAUAUCGGUGUGGCGGUAGGUCUCAGUGGUACAAACAGAAGAAUCAUGUGUCUGUGAAAGCAGAAAAUGACGAAAACAGUUUUCCCAAACCUUUGGCACUCAUUGGCUAUUUUAGAUGUAUUAUUGGUCAGGAGAGCUGUGAAGGGAAGGGGGAUGCUCAUUGAGAGUCAGUCUCACUGGCACAAGUGGCAUUCUGAGUUAAAAGCCUGUUGUGUGUCUCCUUCUGUUAGCAUUCAGAUUGCAUUAACGGGUUAUCAGAGUCCUGUUAGGGCUAUUCAUUUCUUUGCUCAACAAGUAUGACCAGCAGUCUGAAGCAGGAAUGGACAAGAUUAACUAAGCUCUCUUCAGUGGUUUGGCCCUCAUGCAGCAGUAACACAUUAUAUGUACAGUAUUGCAUGUUUUUUAGAAUGUUGCUCUAAGUUGCCAAAAGGAAAAAUGCCCUGACAACCUUAGCAGAAUAUUUGAAAAGCCUUUUCCUAGUUAUUCUUGCAGACUUUACAAGCUUUGGACUAUCAGGCGGAGGGUGCAAUAAAAUGAGAAACAGCAUGGUAGAUGAGAGAUGCUAGGAGGAGGACCAGUACUGUACUCUCGAUACCCUAUCCUUGCCAGGGACACCCAGCUUGCCUUGAGUCUUUCCUACACCCUUGUAAAAUCUCCCCCUUGCCCUAUGUAACAUUAUUCCAAGGUAGCAGGUGGUGUGGUGGAGCAACCCCACCUAUCACACCUUAAGGCCCCACCUGUUCAUCCCUAAGGGCUAACGCAAGAACUGUUUGAACUGAAGAUAUCUAGCCCUUUUAACAUUCAGUUUACUCUGUAAAUAGGAUAGCACAAACAUGUAUGUAUAAAAGGGGGGGUAUGGGAGGGGGGAUUUUUACUCCCUUGCAAUUAGCUAAACAGUCAUAGCUUUUUAAACUUAUUUGUAGAUAGUGCUGAUCUAUAAGAUUAAGCAUGCUACCAUCUCAUCCACAACUUGCUCUUUGAGUAGCUUCCAGUAGUUCAGUGUCUUUGGAAGGAAUCAAUCUUAAUCUGAACAGUGGCCUUCACAGAGUCGGUGAUUUGACCCCAGCCCUCAACACCCUUGACUUUUUAAAAGUUCAUUUUCUGAAGUGGAAUGAUUCAUCUUUGUUGUCCAGAUCUUGCUCUAAAACAGUUUACUAUCAAUACAAGCAUCACUUACAUGGUCAUAGGAGCAUUCUUCAUAUGAGCACCAAUUGGGUGUAUUCUGAUCUCAACUAUGUAGAUUUCUAAUGUGAAUCUUUCUGUGGCAGGACCUGAAAUGGGCCAUUCACACAAGCAUAGCCUUCCCAUUAUUUUUAAGCACUCUUAUUUUGCACAUCCUUUGCACCUGUACUUUCUGCAGGCAUGUAUCUACUUACUUGUUCUUCUCCAAGGUAACUUAGAUACUCCUGCCACCCACAAUGCCUGCACUAAGGUCUUAAGUUUUGUUUUAUUCACCCUUGUAACCAUGUAUUGACUCUACUAAUUCCUGCACUACUGUUGGAAGUAUUCUAUUGCCUUUGAAAUGGGCGUCUAGUGGUGAUGCUAUUAAGAAGAAGCCAGUCUUCUGAAAAUCUAGGAGGAAUACUUCAAAGCAGAGUGCUUGCAAAUGGCACAUGCUGUAACAUUCUGCCCCAUCCAGUUAGCAUAAGGGUGCAGAACUGCCUCUUCUCUACUGCUGUGCAUGUAACUUGAGUAGCUUUCAAGGAUUCUGAAGUCUACAUUAUUUUUGGAAGCCCCAGGACAUUUCCAUAUUUGUUUCAAACUCUUAAAACUCACAAUUGUGUCAGGGUUGAGUCCCGUAGGUGGGAGAAACCAGGAAUGGAAUCUUGCACCUUCAGUUGUUCUCACUGAAGCUUUCUUAAUUGAUCAUCCUGUCUACUGUUUUGUACAUAUAAUUGGUAUUGUUUCCUCAUGUAGGAGAUUCUAGGAACAGGGAAUAGGGCUGCCUUCUCCUAUGAUGAUGUUUUGACUUCAAUUCAUGACACAGCAAACAUAGAUUUUGUAUUUAAACUAACCCCCCACCCACCCAUGGUUUGCAUUAGGGUUUUUUGUGCUUCCUGGACAAGUGAGGACACUGCAGCUUUUUCUUAAAACAAACAAAUUAAACACAUACUUUCUCUUCUGCUUUAUUUUUCUUUUCUGAUCAGGUUUUCUUUUUUGCGCUUUUGAGAAAGCUCUUACAUUGCAUUUGAAAUAACUAUCAUGGUAACAGAAUUCAACUGCUGAUUUACCGAUGUAUUUAAUGUAAGUAAACAAAAAUCAGUGUA